AUGUCGAGGUUCGAGGAUCUAGGAGUUUCUAAAUGGCUCUGUGAGGCCCUUGGAAGUAUGCGCAUCCAAACGCCUACCAAUAUUCAAACAGCAUGCAUACCCAAGAUUCUGAAAGGCCAUGAUUGCAUAGGAGGAGCGAAAACAGGUUCCGGUAAAACAAUUGCAUUUGGCGCUCCCAUGCUUACAAAAUGGUCCGAAGAUCCCUCCGGUAUAUUUGGUGUUAUACUGACACCUACCAGAGAACUGGCGUUACAGAUAGCGGAGCAAUUUGCUGCGUUGGGUGCUACUGUGAACCUCAAGGUCGCGGUGAUAGUUGGUGGUGAAGAUAUAGUUGCACAGGCUUUGAAACUACAGAGUCGUCCUCAUUUUAUUGUUGCCACCCCCGGUAGACUUGCCCAUCACAUUUUGAGCAGUGGCGAAGACACGAUAGGCGGAUUGAGAAGAGUUAAGUACCUGGUGUUGGAUGAGGCUGAUAGACUUUUGACCGAGACGUUUUCGAGUGAUUUACAGCGUUGUUUUUCGGUGCUUCCUUCUCCAGCUGAAAGGCAGACUUUGCUAUUUACAGCCACCGUCACAGAUGCUGUGAGAUCUCUGAAAGACAGAACCUCCUCGAAGGGAAAACCUGAGCUAUUCAUUGCCGAGCUGGAUAAGGUGGACGAAGUCGCGAUUCCCUCGACUCUGGCUAUUUGGUACAUUUUCAUUCCAUCAUAUGUCAAAGAGGCAUAUUUGCAUAAUGUUCUCACUCUUGAAGAAAAUAAAGACUCCACGGCAAUCGUUUUUGUGAACAGAACCCACACUGCGGAAGUGCUGAGGAGGACUCUGAGAAAGUUAGAUAUCCGUGUGGCAUCCCUGCAUUCUGAAAUGCCUCAGGCUGAGAGAACAAACUCGCUACAUAGAUUCAGGGCCGGAGCAGCCAGAGUCUUGAUUGCUACCGAUGUUGCCUCCAGAGGUCUCGAUAUCCCCACAGUGGAGUUGGUCAUUAACUAUGACAUACCUGCAGAUGCUGAUGACUACAUCCACAGAGUUGGUAGAACAGCCAGAGCCGGGCGCAAGGGUGAGUCUGUGAGUUUUGUUACUGAAAAAGACGUGCACAGGAUCCUCGCCAUUGAGGAGAGAAUCAAUAAAAAGAUGGUGGAGUAUGAGAAGGUCACAGACAACCAGAUCAUCAAGGACUCUCUUCAGAAAACGAGUAAUGCUAAGAGAGAAGCCUUACUUGACAUGGAACGCGAGAACUUUGGUGAGCACAAAGAGGCUCAAAGAAAGAAGAAGGGCCUGGGAAAACCCAAAAAGGACAGAAAGUUCAAGUCCAAAACUGAGCUGGAUUAA